AUGUCAAUGACUAUCAGCAUUCAAGAAGAGGUAGAUAGACUCGAAUGCCAACUCAAGGAUGCCAAGCAGCGGCUAGAUGAAGCCAAUGGAUUUCCAACCCCAGCGCGCAGCUCAAGUCAACCAGCCAUCCCGCCUCUCACAAUCCCGCACUCCCUCCUCCUUCUCUCCGACUCUGCCCUCCCGCUGGGAUCCUUCGCCUAUUCCAGCGGCCUAGAGUCCUUCCUCGCCCACACAAAACUCCAAAGCCAACAACGCAAUACAACCCCGUCGCCCUUCUCCACAACCUCCUUCCACCAAUUUCUCUCCCUCUCCCUCUCCUCCAUCGCCAGCACAACCCUCCCUUACCUCCUAGCUGCACACCGAGACCCGCUCCAGCUUCAGACUCUCGACAACGACCUCGACGCCUCAACCACCUGCACCGUCGCACGCCGCGCAAGCGUAGCGCAAGGCCUGGCGCUACUAGGUGUCUGGGAGCGCUCCUUUCGCGACUCCCACACAACCACAUCAACAAGUCCGAAAGCGCAAGCAGCCGCCCACGCCGCCCUGAAUGACUUUUCCACGGCUUUGAAAACCUUCACCACCAACACCAACGACCAACUAAAUGGCCACCUCCCGCCUCUGUGGGCUGUCGUCUGCGUCGCGAUGGACAUCGACAUAACUUCCACAGCAUAUGUAUACAUGCUCAACCAUGCAAAGGCGGUGCUAAGCGCCGCCGUGCGCGCAUCAGUGAUGGGACCUUAUCAGGCGCAGGGGUUGUUAGCGAGUCGGUGGCUGCAGGAGGUGAUUGAGCACCGGUUACAGGGUCAAUGGAAUGUAAGACCCGAAGAAGCGGGGCAAGUUGUGCCACUUGUGGAUCUGUGGGUGGGGAGGCAUGAGUUGCUUUAUAGUCGUAUAUUUAAUUCGUGA